AUGUAUCGAUUAUAUAUUCGUCGUUGUUCAUCAACAUUUUUUCAUCAAUAUACAGCUAAAAAUGAGCCCGUAUUGGAAUAUCGACGUAAUAGUAAUGAACUAAAACAAGUACAAAAGGUUCUUGAUGAAUAUAAAUCAAAAGUAACACGUGUACCAUGUAUUAUUGAUGGAAAAGAAUUUUGGACAGAGGAUAUUCAAAAACAAGUUUUACCAUUUGAUCAUAAACAUGUUCUAGCUGAAUAUUGUUAUGCUGAUAAAUCACUUCUUGAAAAAGCUAUUGAACGUGCAGUUAAAAAUCAACCAAAAUGGGAUUUAAUGCCUAUUGAGCAACGUGCUAAUAUUUUUCUUAAGGCAGCUGAUCUUGCAUCAGAUUUAAAAUGGCGUUCUCAUUUAGUAGCAACAACAAUGCUUGGUCAAGGUAAAACAGUAUUUCAAGCUGAAAUUGAUGCUGCUUGUGAAUUAAUUGAUUUUUGGCGUUUUAAUGUUCAACAUCUUGCAUCGGCAAUGACUUAUCAACCAAUAAGCACUGGAGAUUCUGAUAAUAAUUAUCAAUAUCGAGGUCUUGAAGGUUUUGUUGCUGCUAUAUCACCAUUUAAUUUUACUGCUAUUGGUGGUCAUCUUGCAUCAGCACCAGCACUUAUGGGCAAUACUGUUCUAUGGAAACCAUCAGAUACAGCUACGUUAUCAAAUUAUAUAGUAUAUAAAAUUCUUGAAGAAGCUGGUCUUCCACCAGGUAUUAUUCAAUUUGUACCAUCAAAAGGAGUAGAUUUUGGUAAAACAAUUACACAAUCACCUGAUCUUGCUGCUAUUACAUUUACGGGUAGUACAACAACAUUUAAAACUCUAUGGAAGUGGGUAGCAGAAAAUCUCGAUAAUUAUCGAACAUUUCCACGUUUAAUCGGUGAAUGUGGUGGUAAAAAUUUUCAUUUAAUUCAUCCAUCAGCUGAUUUAACAACUGUAAUUAAUGGUACAAUACGUUCAGCUUUUGAAUAUAGUGGACAAAAAUGUUCAGCUUGUUCUCGUGUUUAUUUACCACGAUCAUUAUCAAAUAAAUUUUAUUCACAAAUGCAAAAUAUCAUAAAAAAUGAAUUACGUAUUGAUACACCAUUAAAAUUUGAUACAUUUACAUCUGCUGUUAUUGAUCGUAAUUCAUUUAAUCGUAUUCGAACAUCUAUUGAUUUUGCACGGACAUCACCAGCAACAAAAAUUAUUGUUGGUGGUGAAUAUGAUGAUUCCGUAGGAUUUUAUGUUAAACCAACAUUAAUUGAAACAACUGAUCCAAAAAAUAAAUUAAUGCGUGAAGAAAUUUUUGGACCUGUUGUUACAAUUUAUGUUUAUGAUGAUCAAAAAUUUGAUGAAACUGUUGAUUUAGUGAAUGAUACAACAAAUUAUGCUUUAACAGGUUCAAUUUUUUGUCAAGAUAAAACAAUUCUCGAGAAAACUCGUGAACGUUUAAUACAUACAGCGGGUAAUCUUUAUUUAAAUGAUAAAUCAACUGGAUCUGUUGUCAAUCAACAACCAUUUGGUGGUGCACGUUUAUCCGGUACGAAUGAUAAAGCAGGUGGACCUCAUUAUUUAUUACGUUUUACAUCGCCGUUGACAGUCAAAAAUAUGAAAGAACCAUUAAAAACAUUUAAACAUGUUUCAAUGGAAUAA